UGCGCACAAUCGGGACAAAGGCCUCUCCCGAACCGGUCGUCACCGAUACCGGUAACCGGUACUCGCGUCCGCCGACUUCUCGCAAGUCGAGAGUCGAGACCAGUCCGCAGUCGCGCUCCGCACCGACACCGACUGUAUCGUAAUUCGCCUUUGCUCCUCCCGUCUUGCAGCACGAGUGGUCACCGCACCCCGCCAGCCCAGUCGUCGCAGCCGCAAUACGAUUUUUAACGGACAAUUGACAAACUGAGUCCGUCGUAAGCGAGAUCCGUCCGGUGAAGUAGUUCGCUCGAUUGCUCUAAGCGUAGUGUCGUGUAGUAUUGCAAUCGUUUUCCGACCCGCUAUCCGUUCUGUUUGGUUUUUCUUUUUCUUUUAUUUUUUUGGCGGCAAAGCACUGUCACGUCACCGUCCAGGAUUUUAAAGGAAAUUUGUACAAACAGUUUUAACCAAGGAUUUGAUUGAAUAAAACAAAAUGGAGACACCACCUUUUAACCCAGAGCCUACCCGGAUGAUGACCAGAAGUGUUCUAGCUGAGAUACCAACUAGACUAGGACGAUUAUCGAUGACAGACCCCAAUAAUGGUUUGGGCCGAAAUGAUCACCAUCUCAAUAUAAUGAAUACAACUAUAAGUAACUUGCCAACAUCAAUGAUGACGCCAUCUCCUAGUCCAGAUGAAUUAAUCAUCCAACAAAGGGGCCGGCGUAAAAUACCAGUUACUUUUAGUCCUGACAUUGAUGCCAUAAAACAGAAUAAUCAAGAAACUCCAACAAAAUCUGGUUGUUCUAAUUUCAAGAGUUCAAUUGUUCUGAGGAGUACUCCUCGCAAAAGAUUACUGUUAAAUGAUCCACUGGAAUUAUCAUCUCCAGACAAAUACAAAAUUGGUUCUCCAAAUUGUAAAAAAUUACGUACUGAAGUGGCAGUUGAACUUCCAGAAGAUAAUUGUCUUUUAUCUGCUUUAAAAUCAUUGUCUUCCGAUCAGCUUAUUGGUGUAAUCGGACAGAUUGUCAUUGACCAUCCAAGUAUUGAAAAGGAAAUUAGAUCACACUUCCCUGUGGCCGACUUGAAGCCCCUUGAAGAGCGUAUUUAUUAUUUGCGACGUAAUAUUUACAAGGCCUUACCAAGUAGCCGAUUGAUUUCAAAAACUGAUCCAACCGCCUAUAACAGAGUCUCAACCCAUGUCUUAGCAUUCAAGAAAUGUGUUGUUGAUCAAGGUAGGCGCUUGAUUGAGAGUAAUCAGUGGCCAAUUGUUAUGGACUAUGUGUUCAUGGCGUGGAAGCACGUUCGAAAUACUCCCAUAUGGGAUAACCCUGCCCACAAUGCUGCACGCCGUCAAUGUUUUAAAUCGCUAUCAGCUCAGUGUAUAACUGCUCUUAAACACAUGAAGGACACUAUGAACCAGCAAAGCUCUGACAAUUACAGAAACCAAUUGAAGCUGCUAGUUGAUGACAGUGAAGACAUAGAAUGGUGUUUGCAUUUCCUGAACAUUCGUGAGUGACCACAAUGAUUUGGUUUUCUCUGCUAUUCUUUUCUAUUUUUUUUUUUCUAGCAACAA